CCUCCUUCUCCUUCUCCUCUCUUCUCUUCUUUUCUCUUCUCUGUUCCCACCACUCUCACUCCUCCAUUUCUCUCUCUCUCUCUCUCUCUCUCUCUCUCUCUCUCUCUCUCUCAUAACAGUUUUGAAUUCCUUAACCCAAUGCUGUGAAACCCUCUCUCUACCUCGCUCUUAAAUCUCAUUUCGAAAUCCUCUCUCUCUCUCUCUUGCUCGCGUAUUCAAAGAAUAAUAGGUUUUGGUUAUCAGCUUCGGGGAAGAGGAAGAAGCAGAGAAACAGCAACAAGAAGAACAAGAAGAAGAGGAAGGAGAAGGGAAUGGAGUCGACGGAAUCUUCAUACGUGUCGUCGCCGGAAGGGCCAAGGAAGCACGCCUCGCCGCCUCACCAAUCCCCUUCCCUUGAAGAUUCCGCAGAGAAGCCAACAUAUGUUAGGUUUCUUGUAUCAAACUCUGCAGCUGGUUCUGUUAUUGGAAAGGGUGGUUCAACCAUCACUGAUUUUCAGUCACAAUCUGGGGCACGAAUCCAGUUAUCACGCAACCAUGAAUUCUUUCCUGGGACUACUGAUAGGAUUAUCAUGGUAUCUGGUGGAAUAAAUGAAAUCCUAAGAGCUGUUGAACUUAUUCUGUCUAAGUUGCUCAGUGAGCUUCAAAGUGAGGAUGAAAAUGAUGCUGAGCCAAAAACAAAAGUGAGACUCAUUGUUCCAAAUGGUUCUUGUGGUGGUAUAAUUGGCAAGGGAGGUGCUACCAUUAGGUCAUUCAUUGAAGAAUCUCAGGCUGGAAUUAAGAUAUCUCCUCAGGAUAAUAAUUAUUACGGAUUGAAUGAUAGGCUAGUGACACUGACAGGAACUCUUGAUGAGCAAAUGCGUGCAGUUGAUUUAAUUGUUUCUAAGUUAGCUGAAGAUCCUCAUUAUUCGCAGUCCAUGAACUCUCCAUUUUCAUAUCCAGGUGUUUACUUUUCGGGUUAUCAUGGUGUUCCAUAUACAUAUGUGCUUCCAUCUGUUGCACCAGCACCAUACAAUGCAGCGAACUACAGACCAAAUGGUGCUGCUGGAGGAAAGUUCCAGAAUAGCAAGGAGGACCGGAGUAACUCGCUGACCAUUGGUGUUGCAGAUGACCAUAUAGGAUUGGUUGUUGGUCGUGGCGGAAGGAAUAUAAUGGAUAUUAGUCAGGUUAGUGGGGCAAGGAUAAAGAUAUCAGACAGAGGAGAUUACAUAUCUGGGACAACAGACAGGAAAGUUACUAUAACGGGUUCCCAGAGAGCAAUACGUACAGCUGAAUCUAUGAUAAUGCAGAAGGUUGCUUAUGCUUCUGAGAGGGUUCUUGAGUAGAGUAGGGUAGUUUGCAUGCACUAGUCUGCUUCUAGAUGCGUAGUGAAACCUGCUUGCUAAUUGCUUAUACAUUUGCUGAAUUUUUGGGAUUUGUUUACAUUAUUUCUCAUCAUAUGAUAUACUCUGGGAGAUCUUUAUUGUAGCGAGAGGCAGGAUUUUUUUUUUUUUUGUUGAGAGCGGUCUUAUAGGAAUUAUUCUCAAACCCUGUCAGUUUAAGAUCGAUUGGAAAGGGCAUUAUUGCCUUUUCCAAGUGUAGUAUUUAGAACUAUAUUCUUUUGUUGUAAGUCAACAGUAGCUAAUAUCAUAUACGUUCUGUAUCUUCAUCUGUUACUGGCCUGAGAUAGGAUUUGAGAAAAUUUAUUUGCUGUCAUAGAAAUUGAGUUAAGAAUUUCACUUGCGAGUUACCGUCGUGUAUUUCUUAUUCAUGAUCAAGCUGUGGCUAGUGUUAUUAUUAUUAUUUUUUUUUGUGGUAUUGUGCAUUGUGGGUAGUGUUAUUUGAACAUAGCUGUUAAUUGUACCUUUUUUUGGUCAUGGAUUAUUGUACUUCGUUGAUGUGCCAUCUAUUAUUAUUAAUGGGCUUGAUAUUGGCCCAAAUUAUGAUCA